AUGGCGUCAGGCGCAGCGCAGUUCGUGGUCGAGCCCGCGAACGAGGCCGAGGCGACGCAGCUCAAGUGGAUCGGCCUUGCCAUCGUCGUCGGCUCCGCGAUCCUCUCCAACCUCGGCGUCAACGUGCAGAAGCUCUCGCACGUCGGCGAGGAAGGGCGGCCGCUCUUUGAGCGCCGGACGUACUACACGCGGCCGCUCUGGAUCACGGGCAUGGUGCUCGUCAUUCUCGGCUCGAUCGGCGACUUUGAAGCGCUCGCCUUUGCGCCGCAAGCGCUCGUCGCGGCCGUCGGCGGCGGCUGCACGGUCCUCGCCAACGUCUUCUUUGCGCACCUCUGGCUCGGCCAGCGCCUCACGUGGAACGACACGGCCGGCACGUUCUUGAUCAUCGUCGGCGUCGUCUUGAGCACGCUCGGGAACCAGCCGGACGCGCAGCUGACGCUGAACGAGCUCGAGGCGCAGUUUUGCGGCCUCGAAUUCCUCGUCUACUUUAGCUUCAUGUGCGUCAUGCUCUUUUGCAUCUUUGGCGAGAUUCGGUCCAUUGGCCGCAACUCGCGCAAGACCCACGAGUACCUCUACCGGCGCCUGCCCUACUUGUACGCGACCGCGUCCGGCAUCUUUGGCUCCUUCUCGGUGCUUCUCGCCAAGUGCGCGUCGAUGCUCCUCUUGCUCACGUUCCAGGGCCAGAACCAGUUUGUCUACCCGACCACGUACCUCUUUGUCGGCGGGAUGAUUGUGACGCUUGUACUGCAGACCGACUUGCUCAACCGCGCCAUCAUGUCGGGCGAUACGCUCUCGGUCUUUCCCGUCUUCCAGUGCUUUUGGAUUGGGUCGAGCGUUGUGGGCGGGAUUGUGUUCUACCGCAAGUUUUACGACUUUCAUCUGUUCGAGUGGAUUUGCCUCCCGUCCGCCUUGGGCCUGAUCCUCAUUGGCAUCUACCUCCUCACGCAGCACGCGAGAGACGACGCCGAGUACGCGUCCAUCAUGACGUCGGGUCGGUUCGGGUCGCUCAUGCCGCUCUCGCCGGCGUCGGGCUCGACCAUGGGUACAGGCGCGGACCGCCCGAUCUUUGGCAUGGGAUCCUUUCGAAGCAACUCGGUAGGCUACGGCACGCUCUCGUCCAAGAAGGACAUUACAGUCGCCGCGUCGGACCGCCAAUGUGCCGUCUAA